CUUGUUUUCGUCUAUACCUCCCGAAGGCAAUCCUAAGCUCGCUCCUUUUCUCCUGAGAAUGUCUUCGAACAUGAAGAGGACAUCGCGACAUACCGACGUAAGGCCUACGAAGAAACAAAAGACCGCAGCACACGCUCUCCGGACGGAUACAAAAAAGAACAAGAAACGCGCUGGUACCCAAAGUCCGGCAAAGUCAGAGCUACCGCCAACCAAAACCUCAGUUAAAGGGAAGGAGAAGGCAAUCAACACGUCGAAGGGCUUUUUGAAAGACCGUCCUCUCUCGUCUGUAUUCGUCCUGGUUGCGGGAUCGUACGAAAAACUGCUCUACGGCUUGGAGGGAUCAAGUCACUUCGAUGAGUCCGAGGGUGCUCUGAAAUAUGAGCUCAAACCGAUAUUCGCAUUCCCUGCGCACGUCUCAUGUGUCAAGGCGGUUUCCAUCUCGCCAGAAGGGGGAAAGUGGCUGGCUACGGGUAGUGCGGACGAAAUCAUAAAAGUAUGGGACCUGAGGAGGCGGAAAGAGAUUGGGGGUUUGAUGCACCAUGAAGGCUCGAUAACUCAGCUCACGUUCCCAUCCCGCUCGCAUCUCAUGUCUGCAUCCGAAGACGGGAUGUUAUCUCUGUUCCACACAAGAGAUUGGGCCGUGUUACGGACACUGAAAGGGCAUAAAGGCCGAGUGAACUCGUUUGCCGCGCACCCGUCGGGGAAGGUUGCGCUGAGUGUUGGUAAGGAUAGAACGCUGCGAAUGUGGGAUCUCAUGCGCGGCAAAGGCAGCGCCAGUGUGAAACUCGGCAAAGAGGGUGAAAUCGUGAGAUGGUCUUCGGAUGGCACCAUGUUUAUUGUGCAGGUACAGAACACUAUAGACGUCUACGCAACUGAUAUGUCGCUGCUUUGUAGUAUCACGCAUCCCUCGCGAGUGCAGGAUGUUAAAUUCUGCAAGAUCCCCGUGCAAGGCGAUGAAGAAAGGGAAUUCCUGUUAGUCGGGGCUGAAGACAAGAAAGUCUCGCUGUACGACAUCGCAUCGGCUUCGGACAAGCAGAUACCCGCGAUCGUCGCCGAAAUGGUUGGACACGCCAAUCGGGUAAAGGCAGUGGAUACCAUUCGUAUAUCCCUUCCACCGUCGUCUGGAAGACGGACGACGACGAUAGCCGGCACGGUGUCCUCAGAUGGGAAGGUUCUCGUUUACGACCUCCAAUCGUCCUUAUCCCAAGCAUCGUUGAACAGGGAUAAUGUCACAGUUAUCCAGCCUGUUGCAGAAUACGACACUAAGGGUACUCGGCUGACUUGUAUGGCCCUGGGAGAAGGCGACAUCAAAAGUGUGCCAGAUAUCGGGAAGAGAAGUCGGUGUGAGGAGGAAGGUAGCGAAGCGGAGGAGCAAGUCAGUGAUGAGGAGGAAGAAUGGGCGCCGCAGGAGGAGAUGGAGGAAGAGGAAGAGGAAGGCUCUGCAAGUGAGGUAGAAGAGGACUAAAAAGUAUGAUACACUGCCGUGGUACGGUCCGCGAUUAAUGGCAAGAGUAAUGUACACGAGGGAGGUGCUACAUAAAAUCAAUUGCCCUCUUCCGUCCUCGUGGAGGACUCGUUUCACCGCCUGUCAUGUCAUUCGGUUCCGGAGCAGACGAAGCCGAAGCAAUGGCCCCCAGUGUCUUGACCACCUCAGGAGGAGGAGCUUCCACCCACAUGCUGUCAUCGUCCUCCUUCCCUUCAUCCUCGUCAUGUUCUUUCCGCUUUUUCUUCCUAGCCCUAUCCUUGUCCUUAUCCCGCUUCUUACUAUCUUCCUUGGGAGGUAACGCCACGUCGUAUCCUCCGUCUUCCUCCACUUCAAAGGAAACAAGUGUCUUGGUUUUCUUCUUUUUCUCCUUCUUGUCCUUCUCUUUCGUCUUCGUCUUCUUCGUAUCACGUUCAGACCGGGGAACGAAGGUAGGCUUAAACGUAGCCAGGUCAAUUUCCUCUUUGACGCCAGUUGCAGAGGGAGCAUACGCCGUCGUGUUAGGCGCUCCAGCCAGAUGAGAGGGUACUACUGCUUUCUCCGUCUUCACUAGAGCCACAGUACCGUCUGUGGUCAAUGGGCCUUGUCUGUCGACGUCCAUCUUCUCAUUCGUGUCGUCCUUCCCCUCCUCUCCGUCACUCUCUUCGUCAUCACUGGCAAAGAUUGCCUUGAACACAUCCAUUGGAGGCCGCUCAUAUGUCAAUACAUCCGCUCCUUGGGUCUCGUCCUCUCCCAGCCCAACAUUAUCGAGACUCUUGAUUCCACCCGUGCUUUGACUUUGGGCAUCGUUGAAGGACAUGUAUCCAGCAGCAGCAGCUGGUGGUACAAAUGCGCCGUCUUGAUCCGUUGCCGAGGUACUACCAGCCGUAAAUCCGGAAGCAUCCGCUAAGGCAGCCUCGGGCGUCCAUUUGUUGGCACCCGUCCCUGCCGCAGGCGAGGACGGCCCAGCUUCGGGCUCGAGGGGCUCAGGAUUGGGCUCCUUGACGCCGAAGCGCUUGCAGAGCAGCCUGGCUGGAUGCCAUGGGGUGACUUCGCGCGUCAUAGACCCGUACAUACCUAGACGCGCCGCAUGGGCUUUAGGACUCUCUUCUUUCUCCUCUUCCGCUUUCUUCUCUUCUGCCUUUUCUUCUUCUGUCUUCUCGGGCUCAAACGCGGGAGUGUAUAGCCCCUCGC